AGCGACAGUAUAACGUCUUGCGAGUGUAAUAGGUUAGUUACACCAAACCAUACGAAAAACUUGUAUUUUGUUAUAGUCCAUAUAAUAUAAAUUAUAAUAAUAAAAAUAACAAUGAUUGCCAAAAUUUGUACAUUUUUGUUAUGUUGUUUUGCUAUAAUGUCAAAUAUAAAAACAACCGAAUCAGCAGGUAACAGUCAGAUAUUUUUACAGAUUAAUCCUAUACGAUUUUUCGUUCAAAGAACUCAUGUAAACUAUUCACGUAUGUUAAAUAAUGUGAAAACAUUCAGAGAUCAUCCAAUUGUUAUCAAAUCCAAAGACCAGAAAAUUCUGUCAAAGGAUUACAAAAAUAUUAAAGAAUACCGGUUAAAGUUAAAAAGUCGGGAUAAAUUAGAGAAAAAAGCUAAGGACGUCAAAUGUAGUUUUUGUGUAAUUGUAAAAUCAAACAUAUUGUGUUUGAAGAACUUAGUUGAAUUGUUAAAAAGCGGUAAACCUUUCAUUUAUAACAAGAAGUUACAUUGUCUUUACAAUUAUAAAACUAUAGAGAAUACUAUAUUACAUCUUAAAUGGGAAGCCGAACUGAUAGUUAAACUAUUACUGGCUGAUAAUUUAGAAACGGCCCAAUGGCUUUGGAGUUAUUUUUUGAAAAUCAUUGCCACUAGACAGUACAAUCAAAAUAAACCUUUUAUCCGUGAAAACCCAUUCGAUGACGACCAACUGCAAACCGGUGUAUCAGAUUUCAUCGGAAAUUGUAUUGCUGAAAAACACCUUCCUCCGACUGCCAUGGAAUCCGACUUUGUUUCGAAAAACAUAAGUAUAUACAUUAAUAUGUUUACCGGGAUACGUAAGUCCGUAUAUUUUGUAGACUAUGUACUGGACCGUAAUUACGACAACAUGAUCGAACUUUUCUAUCUUAAACCAUUUUGGAACGACCAAAGACAACUGUUGUUCGGACAAAUAGCCCAGGUCAAUGUAGAUUGGAGUAAGGCGAAACAACGCCAUGAAGUCGAGGUGGUUAUUACCAGAGAAUUUGUGAAAAAUCGCACUUGGAUUUACAAACCGUACGGUCGCUUCGACCACCAAAUGUUGUUGAUCAAAAUUAUCGACGCCAGAUUUUAUUGUUACUUUUCGGUUAUGCUGCAUGUUUAUGAAAAACAAUUAUUCAUACUGGAAGAGGAGACCGUAAAAGACAUAAAAAAUCUUAUUUGUUACUUUAUCAAUGAAGCAUUGAUUUUAACGGCGUUCAAAGAUGAAUUUCUCGUGAUGAUUUUAUCAGAACUCGAUUUAGCAAAAAUAAGCGACACCGACUAUGUAAAAGACAUUUCAGCAAGAGUGAGAACAAAGGCCAAUGUGAUCCUAAACGAUUUAAACGCACCUUACACAAACGAAAACGAUUUGCUCCGCUUCAACGGUGUCGAAAACCAACUUUUGACCAACGAUUUGAUAAUGAGAAUCAUUACGAAUUUCAUCGUCUAUUUAAACGAAUUAAAAAGUAUAUGCUUGCCGUCCGUAUAUGAAACGUUUUUGCAUUUUAUGGGUGUCGUAGUUAAAUCGUCGACUGUUUGAUAUAUUUAAGUUAUAAGACAAUAUUGUGACCAUUAUGUCUCCGAAUAUAUUUGAAAUAUUUACUUAUGAUAUUUAAUCUAUUUGACAUAAUUAUAUCUGCAUGCGCUACCGUAUAAUGUUAUCGAGAGCGUAAUAGGUUUGUUUCAAUUGCAUUAUUCAUCAUGUAUACGUUAUUUUAUUAUAGUGACAGUAAAAUAUUUAAAAUAAAAAAAAAACUUUUAUUAACACAAAAAACAAUCGAAAAUGAUUAUAUGCUAUAUCGUCUGUUGCUAUGUAAAAUUUAAAUGUUAAGUUAACAACACAAUGUUCAUAAAUCAAGUUGUAAAUGUAAUAA